AUGAAAAAUUGUUGUCUGCAAAAGUUGGAUAAUUUAUUAAAAGAUAGUGGACGAAGUUUUCAGAAUUUUCCAGCAAUGCCAAAGCCAACUUAUAAUGCAGAACAACUUGAAGUUGCCAAUAAACUAAUCCUUGAGGAAUUACAUUACAAUAAAUCCUCUCUAUCCAAAGAACAUGAGGAACUUAUGAAUAAAUUAACAGAGGAGCAAAGGUCAAUGUAUGACAGAAUCAUAACAACGGUGAAGCACAACAAAGGAGGUUUUCUCUUUUUAUAUGGCCAUGGAGGAAUUGGAAAGACUUUUAUAUGGAGGACUUUGUCUUCAGCAAUAAGAUCUAAAGGAGAUAUUGUUUUAACAGUUGCGUCUAGCGAAAUUGCAUCACUUUUAUUACCCGGAGCGGUUGGAGAUGGUAUGAUUGGUAAUUCAAUUGAUGGAAUUGGAAAAGUUUCUAUACCUGAUGAUGUUCUUAUUAGUGAUUGUGAAGAUCCUAUUUCUGCCAUUGUCAACAGUACAUAUCCAGAUUUUUAUUCACAUUGCAGUGAUGUAACAUACUUACAGAAAAGAGCAAUUCUUGCUCCCACACUUGACAUGGUAGAAUCAAUCAAUGAACAUAUGAUAUUGCUCAAUCAAAGUGAAGUAACAACCUUCUUCAAUUCAGAUACAAUAUGUCUUUCAGAAGAGACAUUUACAGGUUUGGAACAAGUACAUACUCCUGAAUUUCUGAUUACUAUAAAAUGCUCUGGAAUACCAAAUCAUGCCAUCACUUUAAAAGUUGGUGUACCCGUAAUGUUAUUGAGAAAUAUAGAUCAAUCUUCAGAACUUUGUAAUUGA